AGCACUGACAACUCUCUCUCUUACGGACUUUACAGUCAGUAAUUCUUACACUUUCACGUCUAUUUAAAUUGACUAGUGUACAACACUGUCGUGAAAUAGAGUGAAUUAGACAAUUACAUCAUGUCUAAAUGCAAAGAUGUGCUGAAGACCGGCAGCGGUGCACCUGAUGCUCGGCGGAGGCUAAGCAUCUGUGCAGCUGGUCGAGUAAGCUUUGCGGUUCCGGAAGAUGAGUGCAGCCCAGCAGCUGUUAGACAGAAUACAAUCUUGUCUGCAUCAGCUCGUGGGCCCGUGACCGGCAGAGGUGCACAUGAUGGUCAACGGAGGUUGACCAUCUCUACACCUGCAGCGGGUCACGUGAGGUGCACCCUUCCUGGGACUAUUGACGAGGAGUGGAGCCCUAAAGUUGAUAGACAGAGUAACAUCUUGUCUAUGUCAACUCAUGGGGGCGUGACUGGCAGCGGUGCACGUGAUGUUCGGCGGAAGUCAAACGUCUCUACACCUGCAGCGCGUCACGUAAGGUUUGCCCUUCCUGGGGCUGUUGAGGAGGAUGAGGAGUGGUGCCCAGCAGCUAUUAGACAGAAUACAAUUCUGUCUGAGUCAGCUCGUGGGCUAGUGACCAGCGGCGGUGCACGUGAUGUUCAGCGGAGGUUGAACAUCUAUACACCUGCAGCUGGUCAGGAGAACAUCGCCCCUCCAGGGGCCGAUGAGAAGAGAGUAGCAGGAAAGCAAAAAACACAACAGAAUAAAAAGGGCAUCUGUGCUUACAUCUGUAGAAAAUGGCGGGAUGUUAAGCGUUUUUUCUGUAUCUGCGAAAAUGAGGAUGAACUGGAGCCAACUGAUCUAGCGGAUCCUCAGCAAGGUCCAUCUGACCUGCCAUCAAGUGCCCGUAAAGAUGACUGGCAGAAUCCCUCAGGACUCAAGCCAGUGGGCUGUCACAAACCAGGCUGUUGCCCACCUGGUUUAAAUACCUUGAAGAAAACCAAACUUCAAGAAGAGCCUGAUCAUAACCAAGGUCUAUUCGACCCGGCGGAGCUUCGUGCUCAACCUGAUCAGCCUUUUUGUAAGCCAGGCCCUUUCGGCCUGCACGGAGCCCGUGAGCAAGAUAGUCCCUUCGGACUUGAGCGAGCGCGCCAUGAAGAACCAGACUAUUGCCAGUCUGGUUCAUUUACCUUGAAGAAAACAGAAAUCCAAGACGAGACUAAACACGGUCCAUUCGACCCGGAGCUACGUGGUCAGACUGAUAGUCAGCCAGGUCCUUCUGCCCUGCAGUCAUGGACCCUUGAAAAUUAUUGGGAUUUUAGUCCCAUAAGAACUAAUCCAGCAGGCUGUCACAAACCAGGCUGUUGCCCACCUGGUUCAUCAAAAUCAAAGCAAUCCGCAGCUGAUCCUGAACCUGGUUCAUCCAACCAGGAGCCAAGUGCUCACAGUGAUCAAGCUGACCCUCAGCCAGGUCCAUCCAGCCUGCAGUCAAGUGGUCAUAAAGAUGAACAGCCUGCUAGGUCAUUUAAAAUGCUUUAUGAAGUAAAGCAGCAGAUAGGACAAGGUGGCUUUGGUGCAGUUUAUGAGGCGACUCGAAAAUCCGAUGGCAGAAAGGUCGCCAUCAAAUUUAUUGAGAAAUCGUGGCUCUUUGACGAUUUCAUUGAAAUGCCUGGAUAUGCCAAGGCUCUUCAUGCAGAAGUGGCUUUUAAUCUAAUGCUGCUCAAACCGGAGAAAAGCCCCUACAUUGUGGAAAUGUUGGACUGGUUUGAAGAGGAACAUCAGUACAUCCUAGUUUUGGAAUUUCCAUAUCCCUGCAUGGAUCUCCUUGAAUUUAUCAAGAGAAAUGGAGGUCGUCUGUCAGAAGUCCAGGCACGACAUUUAAUGCGCCAAGCAGUGCUCGCCUCUAUACACUGCAUUGACAGUGGUGUCUAUCACAGAGAUUUCAAGAUCACCAACAUCCUGGUCAAAACCGACUCGAUGGAUCUGAAAUUAAUAGACUUUGGAAUCUGCGAACUUGUGGAAAGUUUUGGGACAAGUUAUCACAGUGGGCGACGCUUCGUUGUUGGUGAGAUGGUCUCUGAGUUGGGUUUUUUACUGCACACAAUGUUGCAUGGACCAAGUCUGCUUGGAGGCGGAAACACUCUUAGCACUGUUGUGAUAUCCAAAGAGUGUGGAGACUUGAUAGAUUGGUGCCAGAACCAUGAUCGAGACAGACGACCAACAUUCGAAGAACUCUUAAAACAUAAAUGGUUUAAAAGUUAUGAAGCAGAUCCACAAAUUGACUCCAGCGAUUGAGAACAGAGACAGAAGUCAUUCAUCAAAGUGUAGAAGUCAAAGAAGCAAACGAAAAUACAGAGAAAAAUACAACAGAAUUAAUAAAUUUAUUUAUUAUCAAA